AUGAAUAGUGAGUCGCUCGAAUUCGUCAGCGCUGAUAGCCUUGCAACUGGAAUUAUUAUGAUUACGGCAGCAGUGGUAGGAAUAUUGGUCAACGCCGCUGUUAUGACGCUAAUACUGAAAACUCCUUCAUUUCACAAUGCGUUCGGCUACAUAUGUUUCUCAAAUCUAGCUGCU